UUGCCUAAUCCACAGAAGGGUGUAGGUUUGCAUUCGAGAUGAAACUAGCAACGGUUGUUUUGUGUGCUCUUUCCAUUGCAACAGUUUUUGCAAAUGUUCCUAAUCGAAAUCGCAGAGGUUUACCUGGAGUGCUAUUGAAAGAUCCAAAUCCAAUUACAUUCACUAACUUUAGACAACAAUAUUUCUACCCACGUCCUAACUGGGGAGGUUAUGGUGGAAAUUUUGGAAACGCUUACGGUAUCAGCAGCUAUGGCGUAGGAACAUUUGGCGGAUGGAAUCAUGGAGGAAAUUAUGGAAGCAACUACGUCGCCAGUAGCUAUGCAGCAGGAACAUACCCCAACGUGGCAAGUUCCAAUUCAGGGUUCGCCGCAAGCGCUUAUGGUUAACAAUGAUGUAGCCAAUCGAAGAUAGUCAGGGAACAUCUAUCAAGCAACCAUUGUUUCAAUACGGGAAUUUUAAGUUAAUACACACCUUAGAACAGAAA